GUGCUUGAUUUGUAUCCCGGCGCCUUCCAGCCGGGCGGGUCUCUGUCUCGGUGAUUGGCUGAGGAGGUGCACCGAGCAGAGAGAGGAACCGGCGGGCACCAAACACACAGAGGGGUAAAUUGGUGUAAAAUGGCGCUGUCUCAAGGAACAAAGAAAAAAGUUUGCUAUUACUAUGACGGUGAUGUGGGGAACUACUACUAUGGACAGGGCCAUCCCAUGAAACCCCACAGGAUUCGCAUGACACACAACCUCCUUCUCAACUAUGGACUGUACAGGAAAAUGGAGAUAUAUAGACCACACAAAGCCAGUGGUGAAGAGAUGACGAAAUAUCACAGUGAUGACUACAUUAAGUUCCUGAGGUCCAUCCGACCAGACAACAUGUCUGAGUACAGCAAACAGAUGCAGAGAUUCAAUGUCGGAGAGGACUGUCCAGUGUUUGAUGGUCUGUUUGAGUUUUGCCAGCUCUCAACAGGUGGAUCUGUCGCUGGGGCAUUGAAGUUGAACAAGCAGCAGACAGAUAUCGCCAUCAACUGGGCUGGCGGACUCCACCACGCCAAGAAGUCUGAAGCCUCAGGUUUCUGCUACGUCAACGACAUCGUCCUGGCCAUCCUCGAGCUGCUCAAGUACCACCAAAGGGUGUUAUAUAUAGACAUUGACAUCCACCACGGUGAUGGGGUGGAGGAGGCCUUCUACACCACAGACAGGGUCAUGACUGUCUCUUUCCACAAGUAUGGGGAAUACUUCCCUGGCACUGGGGACUUAAGGGACAUCGGAGCUGGAAAGGGCAAGUACUAUGCAGUAAACUACCCACUCAGAGACGGUAUUGAUGAUGAGUCCUAUGAAGCUAUCUUCAAACCUAUCAUGGCUAAAGUCAUGGAGAUGUACCAGCCAAGUGCUGUUGUACUCCAGUGUGGAGCCGAUUCUCUUUCUGGAGACAGAUUAGGCUGCUUCAACCUCACCAUCAAAGGCCAUGCCAAAUGUGUCGAGUACAUCAAAAGUUUCAACCUGCCCCUGCUGAUGCUGGGUGGCGGAGGCUACACCAUUCGCAACGUGGCCCGUUGCUGGACGUACGAAACCGCCGUCGCCUUGGACUGCUCCAUCCCCAACGAGCUGCCCUACAAUGAUUACUUUGAGUACUUUGGGCCCGACUUCAAGCUGCACAUCAGCCCGUCCAAUAUGACCAACCAGAACACCAACGAAUACUUGGAGAAGAUCAAGCAGCGUCUGUUUGAAAACCUCCGUAUGCUGCCUCACGCCCCUGGUGUCCAGAUGCAGGCGAUCCCCGAGGAUGCUCCCCACCAAGACAGCGGAGAUGACGAUGAGGAGGACCCUGACAAACGUGUCUCUAUCCGGGCCCACGACAAGAGGAUAGCCUGUGAGGAGGAGUUUUCUGAUUCUGAGGAUGAGGCGGAGGGGCAGGGAGGAGGCCGCAGGAACGCAGCCAACCACAAGAAGGUGAAACGAGUGAAGAAGGAGGAAGAGAAGGAAGGAGAGGAAAAGAAAGAAGUGAAAGAGGAGGAGAAGGAGGAAGAGAAGAUGGACACCUCAGGACCAAAAGAAGAGGUGAAGACAACUUGAAGUCUGACACGGGAGAACUGUGAAGCACCAGUUGAGUGGGCGUUCCACAACCACAGCUGCUCAUUCAAUCAAUUUAACAUGAAUUUCUUACUGAAAAUUUGCUCUGUUCUCUGUCCUGAGUGUAAACCCCACCCAACUGGAGCUCCAUGUAGUAUACAACAAAUGACACAAAUCCUUUUCUCAGUUAUUAUGUGAACCAGGUCUGCUUCUAAUGUGAAGAAAAGCACUCAGAUUAUUACUGUUCCUGUCAUGGUAUUUUCAGAUUUAAACAAGUUUGUGGGGCUCGCGUAAAAAUAGCUGCAGAGAUGUAGAUGAUUUAUAAGUCUAGUGCUCACAUGCAAAAAGGCUUUUCUGUUAGUUUUUAAACAUCUAUUUAUGAGACUGUUAGAAUAACCAGCAUUUGGCAAACUGUUGUUUGGCUUGCUGUGUUAGUUUAUCAGUGAAUGCAUGUUUAGAAUGAUCUCGCCUUUAGCAUGUACAUAUUGCUCCCUCUACCCAGACAGACCCUGAUCUCUACUCAGUAAUUUAUUUGAAAUCACAAACAGUUCCCUUAGCCCAUCUUCCUAUGAAUAUCUGGUCAGUGUUUUUUUUCUUCCUGCAUUGUUUGUAUGUUGAAGCAUGAAUGGGUGUGAACCUCUAAAAGAGGCUUAUGUUUGGACGUGAGUGACCUGUUUUAGAUAUUUUGUACCAUUAUACACAACGGUGGAGUGAGCUGAUUGAAUGGCCCCUCUACAUGCGGUUGUUUUGGAGUUUUAUCCUUGUGAAAUGUGCAUUAUCAUAACUUUGUAAUAAAAAUAAAGAAAACUGAUCCACUUUU